CGCGUGCGCCUACGGGCGUGCGCGUGUGCAUGUGUGCGUAUUGCUUAAGGCCUUCGCGCAGCUCCCUGGGUUUACUGGCAGGGAAACUGAGGUUGCUGCUGUACCCUGACGUCAUGGUUCCGGGAGCCCAUGAAGUCUGGGAAGGCCUGUGCCGUCAGCCUCAGUGAGCCACGGGACCCCAGGAGUGGUUUCGUGGCCCAGUCAAGCUGUAAGUGACCCACCAUCCAGCACUCGGGACAGCGAUCUGCUCUUCCUAACCAUUGCAAGCAAACAAGCCAAGGACUUGACUUUGCUUUUGUUAAGGGCCGGCUGGUAAAAAAAAUGAAGAUUCUGUUGCUAAAAGAUCCUAAGGAUGAUCACUCAGGCCAGGACCCCUAUGUUCAGGAAUUGGGGUCACAUGGAUUUGAAGCCACUUUGAUACCUGUUUUAUCCUUUGAGUUUUUGUCUCUGCAAAGCUUCUCUAAGAAGCUGUCUCAUCCGGAGGCUUACGGGGGACUCAUUUUCACCAGCCCCCGUGCCGUGGAAGCCGUGGAGCUGUGCCUGGAAAGGGACAAUAAACUGGAAGUCUGGAAAAAGUCUCUGAAAGAAAAAUGGCACGUCAAGCCAGCGUACGUGGUCGGCCAAGCCACCGCCUGCCUUGUGAGAAAAAUUGGCCUGGCUACAGAAGGAGAAAAAUGUGGAAAUGGUGAGAAACUCGCUGAGUACAUUUGUUCACGAGAAAAGCCAGAGACUCUGCCCCUUCUCUUUCCUUGUGGAACCCUCAAAGGAGAAACACUUCCCAAGAUGCUCAGACAAAAAGGUAUCCCAUUGGAAAGCAUCACUGUUUACCAGAAGAUUCAGCAUCCUGGCAUACGGGACUCCCUGAAGAACUACUUCUCCUCACAGGGCGUUCCAGCCAGUGUCACCUUCUUCAGUCCUUCUGGGCUCACACAUGGCCUCAGCUACAUUCAGGAGUUAUCUGGCGACAGCUUUGACCAGAUUAAGUUUGCAGCCAUAGGUCCAACCACAGCCCGAGCCAUGGCCAGCGCCGGAAUCCCUGUGAGCUGCACGGCAGAGAGGCCCUGCCCCCACGACUUGGCCGCAGGCCUGCAGAAAGUGCUUCGGCCAGAGAGCCUGUCCUGCUCCGGGGCAGCUUAGUCCCCAUCCACAUUCGGCUCUGUCCCAGGCCAGCUCGAGGGGGACAGGUGGGCUCGGUCAGCACCCUCCCUCCAGCAGCCGGGAGCUGGGGGUGGUGUGUCAGGCAGCGAGAGGAGGAAGGGCUCGCGGCAUCUUCUCAUUUUCACCGCCUAGCUCAGGAAUGAGCUGCAUUGCUUCUGCCUCACUCUGAAUUCGAGGGGCAGGGAAAAGGGACAUGUGCAUGAAAUUCAGUAAAUACCUCGUUGGAAUACAGUAUCAGCAAACAUGUAUUAAUCCCCAUCGUGUGUGCCAGGCAUGGUGCAAGGUGCCAGCGAUAGAGAGAGACAGUCUUAAGAAUGAACUGCACAGUGCCUGGCAUGCAGUCGGUGCUCAAUAAAUGCCUGUUGACUUGCUGAAACAA